GAUUCGUGGUUUGCUGAGUGCAAAAUCCAUCGCAACAACGUGUCACAAGUGGGGCGAUGGCGCCCCCCCUUUGGACGACCCGUUGGAGUAUCGCUAUGCAGCGAGAAACCAAGAGUACAACCUGGUCGAGACCAAGUCGCGGGCACAUCGAGAUAAGGCUGAUCCUUAAGCCGGGAAGCGGCAAACCGCGCAAGUCGGACAGCGUGGCGAAAGUCUUCGGCAGGUGUGGCAGGGACGACAGGGACCCUAUACGAUGGCAGAAAACAAGUGAGCAAAGCGGGUGACUAAUUUGCCUUCUCAUCGGUCUCUCUGCCUGCCUGCCUGCCUGCCUCCUCUGUGUCUGUCUGCAGCACGGAAGCGGUCUCUCGAAGAUGACGACGACAGGGCACCAUUGCCCGUGUCGAAACUGGUCGUCGGUGAGGUCGACCUGGCUGAGACUGCUGUUCCCACGCCGGAGGAGGGAGUGAACUGCUGCCUACAUCUUAUAUGUGUUGGCUGUGUCUCUCCUUCGCGCGCCUCGUGAGCACGUUUCAUCG